AUGGUUCCUCUUCCGUUCCAGCCUUCCAGCCUGGUCCGAGUCUUCAUCAGCUCGGUGUUUUCAGACAUGGCUACAGAAAGAGAGACCCUCCUGGAGAAAGCCUACCCAGAGGCACAGGCCUUCUGUCAGAAGCACGGCCUAAUGCUUGAGGUAAUUGACUUGAAAUGGGGUAUUUCUGAGCCUGUAGACCCUGAUCACAGAUACGCCCAACUCUCUCUGGAGGAAAUUGAAGCCUGUCAGAAACUGUCAGCGGGUCCCACCUUCAUCGGACUGCUGGGGGACAACUACGGGCACCAGACUGUGCCUCGGCUCAUCACGGAGAAGGAAUUUGAGGCCCUAACUCUGCAGCUAGCAGGGGACUCGGCCCAGCUCCUGACAGAGCGGUACCGGCGGGAUGAGAACGCGCUGCCCACCUGCUGCGUGCUGCAGCCGGCUGACGGGCAGGCCUGGCCCUGCCUGGAGAGACGCCUGGCCUCAGCGCUGCGCAUGGUGGCCCAGAAGGCAGAGGGGUGCGGGCUGCUCAGCCCAGAGCGGAGCCACUGCUACCACCGGCAGAACAAUGAGAAAACGCACAAAGCCCUCAUCCUUUAUGGGCCACCAGGCUGUGGGAAAACAGCUGUGAUGUGCAAACUAUCUGAGAGGGUGCAAGCUGCUUUAGCGCAUGACACCGUAGCCGUGAUUCGGUUGCUGGGGACAUCCCAGCUCAGUUCUGCCAUUCACAGCCUGCUGAGGGACAUCUGCCUCCAAGUGUGUUUAGCAUUUGAUUUCCCACAACCUCCAACCCAGGCCAAACAGGCUGGCAGUGAUUUAGUCUUGUUCCUCAGUAAACUCCUCCUCGCUGUGUCCCAUUGUGGCACAAGGACACUGGUGUUGUUCCUUGACUCUGUGGAGAGAUUACUUCCUGGUAAUGGCGCUCACAGAUUCCACUGGCUCCCUGAAGAUUGCCCUCCAAAGGCCCACAUCAUCAUUUCCAUUUCCACAGCAGAGCCUGAUAUUCUGAAAGCUCUCCAACACGUUGUGCCUGAGGCUGAAGCGUACUUUGAAGUAGAACCCUUACCCUGCGAGGAAGGUGAGGAGAUGCUAGAGAUGCUCUUAGCGUCAGAGAGACGACGACUAAGCCCAGCUCAAUGGGCCUAUUUCCACCAGAGCUUCCCCAGGGGUGGGCAAGCGCUGCUCUUCAAGCUGGCCUUCCGUGAGGCCAGAAAAUGGGCAUCUUACACGCCUCCUUCCGAACUAGUGAUUGCUAGCACAGCCCAGGACGCCAUGCAUCGCCUGUGCGAGAGACUGGAAAAGUCACACGGCACACUCCUCGUGGCUCACGUGCUUGGCUAUAUUGCUUCCUCACAAAAUGGGCUGUCAGACAUGGAGCUGAAGGACAUUUUAUCCCUUGAUGAUGAAGUUCUCUCAGAGAUUCACCACUGCUACUUUCCUUCAAGUAAAACCAUCCUGCGCCUUCCUCCUCUCCACUGGGCACGGCUACGCAGCGACAUGGGAGAGUGCCUGGCGGAACAGAAGGCAGACGGCUUCACCCUUCUUCGCUUUGCACACAGGCAAUUUGCUGAAAUAGUGCAGAACCGUUAUCUAUCAAAACAGGACCAAAUCAAGAGGCAUUUUCUCCUGGCAGAUUUCUUCAAGGGGACUUGGAGCUGGGGAAUGAAGAAACCACUCACAUUGCCACACUUUGGCAGGACUUUGAAUGCUGACAGGAGGGUAGCUCCUCAGCCACUCUGUUUCUCUGACUCUGUUGCAAACCUGAGGACGUUGAGUGAAUUGCCAUUUCAUUUACUUAAUGCUGGACGAAUUGAGGAGCUGAAGCAGGAUGUGCUGGGGAAUAUGAACUGGAUCAGCUGUAAAAUAAUUGCCUCUGGAACAGAGAGCGUGGUUGAUGACUUUGCCGUGUGUGCCGAAGGUAUCGGCUGUCCAGAGCUGCGCCUCGUGCAGGACACGCUUCUCCUCCUGAAGCCAGCAGUCAGCAGCGUACGCUGCCCUGAAGCCAGUAUAAUAUACACAGAAGUGCUGGCCAGGCUUCUUGGUUUCGUGCCUUCUUACCCGGAGGUCAUCGGGAAGCUGUGCCAGCAGUGUCGAAGCUGGUGUGGUGCCUGUCCCUAUCCCGUUCUCAUUCCACUGUGCGGAUUUCUCCAGCCAGCCAGUGGGACCCUACACACAACACUCACCGGAUUCCUCAAAGGCAUCACAGCGAUGGCACUUAGUUCCGAUUACCGGCUGCUGGUGGCAGGUUCCCAGGAUGGCUCAAUGCUUGUCUGGAAUAUGGAAGUUUUAGAGAUGCUGCAUGCCCUCCCUGGGCACUCUGCUGAGGUGAGGUGUGUGAAAGUGUUUGGAAAAGGAACCUGUGCUGUUUCAGCCUCCAUGGAUCACAGUCUGCGCAUCUGGAAUUUGAUUUCUGGCAGAGCAAGGUUUAUUAUCCAGGACACGGACAUCGAAGAAGACCCCUCACAUCACCUUCAUGUGGAUGAGGGGCACAUGAUUGUAUAUUCUUCCUCAGAUACGAAGAUCCAUGCUUGGCGCCUGGAGAGAGCAGAACUCAUCUUCCAGAUCUCUGGAGAGGCAUGCGAUGCGUGGAUGUGUUCUGCAGUAUUCAGCCCAAGGCUGGUGAUUAUGACUGUGUCUGAAGGAGGCACGCUGAGGCUGUGGAACAGCAACACCGGCAAGCUGAGAUCCAAAUGUCAGCUACCCGGGCUACAGGAAGAAACACCAGCUUCCAGCGUUCUGAUCCAGAAGGAAAGGGAGAUGAUACUGGCAGACUCCAAGGGAUUCCACAGGUUCCUAGCAGCAGACUUGGAACAUGAAGGAGUGGUUCUUACGGCUGUUAUCUCUGCUGGCAACAGCAUUAUUGUUACUGGUUCUCAGGCUGCAUCUAUCCAGAUGGAAUACACAUCUGGAGCACCAGCUCUUGCCAAAGAAAGAGGGGUGUGGAACCUCACUCACAAACACGGACAAAAACCCUUGGCACCCGUCUCAAAUACCGGCUGUGCUGCCCUGUCCCAUGGCGGGAACGACGUCUGUUUUACCCAACCUGGAAACAGAGAUAAAGUUAUCAUCUGGAAGGCCACGGGAGGUGAAGUGUGUGACCCACUGGACACCUCUGCCCAAGUGCGAUGCCUGGAAAUAGCUGAGCAAAACCAGCUCCUUUUCACAGGGCUUGUAUCUGGAACAGUCCUUGUCUUCCCACUGAACUCCAGGCAGGACGUAGCAUGCAUCCCACCUCCAGAGUCACAGAAACCAGUCAUCAAGCAGGAAGAGCAGCUUGCCAUAGCCUACGAUGAUUUCGUCCUUGUGCUGGACGUUAUCCCUGCAGAUCCAUGCCCAGUGAUCAACAAGCCCACCUACACCUUUAAAACUCCAAUCCCUGGCUGUCUGAUUUCCAAAGCGGCCGUCCUUGCAGACUACAGAGUCCUCUGUGGCACGACUAAUGGGGACUUACUCCUUUAUGACUGCCCUCGGGCCCAAGUGUUUCCUUUGGAAGGUCACAGAAGCCGGAUCUCCUGUUUGGAAAGCAGCCAUGGAGAGCAGUGGGCAGUCAGUGGGUGUGAAGAUUCCCUGCAGCGUCUCUGGGACUUGGAGUUCUGUCAGCAGGAAAAAAAUACAGCGCCUGCAUUUCUCCUGAAAGGCAUCUGCUGUGCUUGCUUCUCAAAAGAUGCUAAGUACUUGUACACUGCAUCGCUGGAUCAGUCCAUUACAGUCUGGGAUGUUGCAAGCGGUGCCUUGCUGGCUACACAGUGCAUCUACACAACCGCUAACAGAAUUGUUCUGACUGCGGAUGGAUUCGUUGCGACAACAAAAGGAGAUUAUACAAUCCGCGAGAAGUUUCGCUGUCCUAAGACCACCCCUCCUCAGUACGACCCACUCCAGAACAUCGUGGCAACAUGUACGGUAAAAUCCAGAAAGAAAGAUGGGGAAAACUCAAGCAAAAGACAGUGCAACCAAGGAAAUUCUUGUGGGAGCUUGACUGAUUCCUCCAAGCUCUCCCAGAUGUGUUCAGUGGCGUAA